GGUUCUGAUGCACAGUUGAAAACAUAACCGCACACACAGCUGAGCCUCAGUGUCGCGAAAGUGCUCUUACUGUCACGCUGCUACACUCGGAAGCACUCAGCUGACUGAACCAAACGGGAGCGCUGUCUCUGCAACCGGAAACACCGUAUUCAUUCAUACUCAGCCUCAGCCAUGAAGAAGAACAAAGGCAAAGCGAACAGUACUGCUGAGAAGGAGUUUGUGUUUGAGUUCAAGGCAGGGAAACACAAUUGUGUCCUCAGAGUGCCUCUGCACUUUCCUGUCCAAGAGAACACCAGUGACCUUCAUGGACGCCUGAUGCUGCUACAUAAAAUACCCUGCUACAUAGAAAAUGAGCUAAAAACCUCGCUUUCCACCUUUAUCGAGAUGGAGACCAUCCUGGAUUAUGACAGAGAGGCAGAGCUGGCCCUGCAGAGACUCACAAUGGGCGAUGUGGAUGUAAACCAGCUCACCAACGCAUGGACCAGGUCUUAUGUGGAGACCACGCUGGAGCAUGCUCGGCCCGAAGAGCCCAGUUGGGAUGAAGACUUUGCUGAUGUUUACCAUGAGCUGAUUCACUCCCCUGCCUCGGAUACCCUUCUCAACCUGGAGCACAACUACUUUGUUAGCAUCUCCGAGCUCAUCAGUGAGAGAGACAUGGAGAUUAAGAAGCUGCAGGAGAGGCAAGCAGCUGAAAUGGACAAAGUGAUGCAUGAGCUGGGGAAUACUUUGAGUGACCAGGAUGUAAAUGCAGUAGCCUCUCAACACUUUGAUGCACAGCAGGUGUUGGAGAACAAGUGGGCCAGUGAGCUGAAGCAAGUCACCGGCAUUCAAAAGCAGGAGUAUCAGGAGUGGGUCAUCAAACUGCACCAGGACCUGCAGAAAUCCAACAACAGCAGCAAAAUUAAUGAGGAGAUUAAGGUGCAGCCCAGCCAGCUGUCGGAGCUUGCAGAUUCUGGAGCCAGGAUGUUUGAGGAGCAGCCUCAGCUGGAGGAGAGUUUCACCAUACACUUAGGAGCACAACUGAAGACGAUGCACAACCUGCGGCUGGUCCGGGCAGACGUGCUGGACUUCUGUAAGCACCGGCGGCACGGCAGCAGUGGAGCAAAGCUAAGGCGGCUACAGACGGCCCUUUCGCUCUACUCCUCCUCACUCUGCGGUCUGGUGUUGUUGGUCGACAACAGGGUCAACUCCUAUAGUGGCAUCAAGAGAGACUUUGCAACCGUGGCGAAGGAGUGUACAGACUUCCACUUUCCCUGUCUGGAGGCGCAGCUGGAGGAGGUGCAACAGGUGGUGCUCUAUGCCAGAGUCCAGCGGAGCAGCAAGCAGAAAGAACAACCUGAGAUUCCAAGGAAUGGAGGUGAUGAUAAGAGCAAAAAUGUUGAAAGAAAUCCAUCUAACAUCGUACCAGGUGAGUUUUACAUCUCGCGGCACUCCAACCUGUCAGAGGUCCAUGUUGUCUUCCAUCUGUGUGUGGACGACAACGUGCGUUCAGGGAACAUCACGGCCCGGGACCCGGCUAUCAUGGGCUUGAGAAACAUCCUGAAGGUCUGCUGCACACACGACGUCACCACCGUCACCGUCCCUCUGCUGCUGGUCCAUGACAUGUCAGAGGAGAUGACCAUACCGUGGUGUCUUAAAAGAGCUGAGCUGGUAUUCAAAUGUGUCAAAGGCUUCAUGAUGGAGAUGGCCUCAUGGGAUGGAGGUAUAUCACGCACAGUCCAGUUUCUAGUGCCAAAGAGUAUCUCAGAGGAGAUGUUCUACCAGUUGAGCAACAUGCUGCCUCAGAUCUUCCGUGUCUCCUCCACCCUAACUCUCACCUCAAAGCACUGAUGGAUAGAGAUGCACCACAUUGCAUCCUCAAGGCAUUCAGACUAACAGAGACACUUUUAUUUUAACAACAGUGACAAGCUAUAUUUCUUGUUUGCUUGUGUUUUCUUUCAGGAACUGUAGAUUAAGGGAGUGGAGAUUUGAUGAAGUAGCACAUAAGCCCCAUUCAUUGAAAUGGGGUCAACAUAAUAUGGUGGCAUUAAAGCACUUACAGUAGAGGUGCGAAAAGGAUUUUGAAUGAGAAGAGACAUUUUUAUGCAGUUGGUGAGCCUGGUUAUUUUUGCACCUUCCACACGCUGUGAAUACUUCUUACUGAAAGAGGACUGGAUUGAGUGGCUCACCAAAGCAGCUGCUACAAUUAUCAUUUCAAGCCUGCCGGAUGCGGUACUGGUGACAGAGUUUUAUGACAUCAUGACAUCAGCCUCCAGUGCUGCAAGUAUUCCAGAUUUCCUUUUUAAAGCUGCAAUGUGUAACUUUCCACGCAUUCAAGCUACAGCAUAACAGAGAAUCUAGUGUUGCGUUGGUAAAGUUGUUUUAACUCGCUGGUACGGAGUGAAAAUGCCAUCAACCGAGCAGAUAACGUAAAUGUGAAAACACAGUAUUGUUUACUAAAGUGAUGAAGCUGGAUGGAACUGGCACUGGCAGAGAGGUGUGACCAAACAAACCUUAUUAACAUUUCUCAAUAGCAGAGUUAGCAAGCACACUAAAUGUAGUGUUUUCACCACACAGAUGGAUAUAAUGUUGAUUAUAAAAAAAACAUCACAGAUCUCAUCUUCAAAUCUAAUUUUUUAGUUUUGAUGUACAGUAUGAGGUCCCUGUCAACAUCAUAUUUCAUUUGUUGACUGUGCACGAAUUAGUCCGGAUGUAUGAUCACACAGUUCAGCCAUCAUAUGAGAUUUAGCAGUGAAAACCGGUGGUUAAUUGGCUUCAUAUUUGGGGGCUGAUUUGUCCAGAGAGCGCUGACAUAAACGUGGCUCUUCUGGUCCUAAACACAUAUGGCAUUUCUACUGAGAUGAGCAAUGUGCAGGUGUUUCUUAUGCUGCAUUGCAGUGAGUUGUAGUGAGGGUCACUCUGUGUGAGUGCACGUGUGUGGUCCCUCCCCUCUACCUCUGUAACAGCAGAUGGCACUGUUCCUAAAGACAAAGAUGUGGAAAGGGUGACAACACAGACACUCUCUUAUUAAAAGAGAUCAAAUUGAAAUGAGCACCUGCUGCUAGUACACAUUCAUCAUGAGCUCUGUAAAAAAAACCAAAAAAAAACCACUGCUCUGAAAAGUUCUGCCUCAGCGGUCUUGUAUCUUCAGUGGUAAAUGUUUGUCAAAUGUGUUGAACACUUGAACCUGCUCAGAUGUGCAUUCUGUAUAUGUGCCGUAUGUUUACAUUUUUAUGUUUUUAAUAAAAAAGUAACCCACUCACUACACUAA